AUGAAAUUGGUGCUCGUUCAGGCUGUAAGUGAAUUUUAAAGCACUCAAAAUAGUGCUGAAAUGUUCAGAUUUGGAGGCAUGGGGACCGUACUCCUACUGAAACGUAUCAUAACGACAAGUUCACGGGUGACUACUGGAUCUUCGGAGGCGGCGGAUGGGGCCAGCUCACUCCGGUUGGGGCAGUCCGUGUUGCCACGUCACAAUCAAUUGAUUUCAGAUCGGAAUGAGACAGCACAUGGAACUGGGAAAGAAGAUUCGAAAUCGGUACAUCAAGGGACUUCCCUACGAGUUUCUGAGCAAACGCUACAGUCAGCAGGAGGUUUUCGUGAGGUCGACCGACAAAAACCGAACUUUGCUUUCCGCCUUCUCGAACAUGGUUGGAAUGUACGGAGCCACCGACGGAGAGAACUACAAUAAGGCUGGUGAGUGA